AUGCAUUGGUUCAGCCGCCCGACAGACGCCGUCACCAGGACCUGGGGCAGUCUACGUCGUCAGCGCUCCCACAAGCGUCCCACCGUCCUCCCUUCCACCAGGACCACCACCACCACCCUCAGCGACAAGGUCGACGUCACCUUCUACGAGGGCGACGAAUACCCUGCCAGCGAUGUCUCCGACGCAACCGAGGUGAAGCCCGAGAAGUGGUUCGUAGGCAGCAUCGACCAGGGCACCACUUCCACCCGCUUCAUCAUCUUCAACGACGAGGGCACCCCCGUCGUCACGCACCAAAUGGGCUUCGAGAACAAGCACCGCCACUCGGGAUGGCACGAGCAGGAUCCCAUGGAGCUCCUCAGCAGCGUCGAGACGUGCAUCGAGAAGGCUGUCGAGAAGUUCAUCCAGCAAGGCCACGACCCCAAGAGGAUACGCUCCGUCGGUCUGACGAACCAGCGUGAGACCGUCGUGCUCUGGAACAAGACCACUGGCAAGCCCGUCUGCGACGCCAUGGCCUGGCCCGACACCCGCACCGCCCCCCUGGUGCGCGAGCUCAAGUCCCGCGAGGGCGCCGACAAGAUCCACGGCCUGUGCGGCAUGCCCCUGUCCACCUACCCGUCGAGCGUCAAGCUCAUGUGGCUCCUCGAGAACGACGAGGCCGUCCGGGCCGUCUACGACGAGGGCAACCUGGCCUUCGGCACCGUCGACUCGUGGCUGAUCUACAAGCUCAACGGUGGCGUCGACCGCGCCGUCAGCGACGGCGAACCCAUCCACGUCACCGACUCCACCAACGCCAGCCGCACCAUGUUUGUCAACCUCCGCAGCUUGGAGUACGACGACCAGCUCCUCGACUUCUUCGGCAUCGACCGCUCCAAGGUGGCCCUGCCCCGCAUCGUCCCCUCGUCCGACGCCGAGGCCUUCGGCGCCCUCACCCGGGGCCCCCUCCAGGGCGUCCCCAUCACCGGCUGCCUGGGCGACCAGUCGUCGGCCCUGGUCGGCCAGUGCGGCUUCGAGCCCGGCCAGGCCAAGAACACGUACGGCACCGGCUGCUUCCUCCUGUACAACGUCGGCGACGAGCCCGUCAUCUCCAACUCGGGCCUCCUCUCCACCGUGGCGUACGACUUCGGCCCCGGCCACUCGCCCGUGUAUGCGCUCGAGGGCAGCGUCGCCGUCGGCGGUUCGGGCCUGACCUUCCUCCAGAACAACCUCGGCAUCCUCGACAACCCCAAGGAGAUCGACGCCCUGGCCAAGACGGUGCCCGACAACGGCGGCGUCUACUUCGUCACCGCCUUCUCCGGCCUCUUCGCCCCCUACUGGAUCGACGACGCCCAGGGCACCAUGUUCGGCCUGACGGCCCACACCCAGAAGGGGCACAUCGCCCGCGCCACCCUCGAGGCCACCUGCCACCAGACGGCGGCCAUCCUCGAGGCCAUGGCGGCCGACUCGGGCAAGGCCCUGGCCGACCUCGCCGUCGACGGCGGCCUGUCCAACUCGGACCUGUGCAUGCAGACCCAGGCCGACCUGUCGGGCAUCCCGGUCGACCGCCCGGUCAUGAGGGAGACGACGGCCCUGGGCGCCGCCAUCGCGUCCGGCGUGGCCUCUGGCGUCUGGAAGAGCAUGCACGACCUGCGCGACUCCAACAGCGCGAACCGCACCGUCUUCACCCCCAGCAUCGACGCGAAGAAGCGCAAGAUGUCGAGGGACCGGUGGGAGAGGGCUGUCCAGAUGUCCCGCGGCUGGCUGUCUACCGAGGAUGAGGAUGACAAGUGA